AAAGAUUAUAUUUAAUAGUCGGAGUUUGUGACAGCUAGUGCUAGAAAGCUAGAUCAUGCGUGUUUUGAUGAAUUUGGGCGCUGUCAAGUUUGGAAAUACACACCAUUUUCGGGAUGACUUGGCUACUGUCAUGUAAUUUCUGGAAUGCAUGAACACCUGCAUGCAGUCAUCCAGUAGAAAAAAGAAGGAAGAAAAUAUGGGCUGAAUAAUUGACCGCUUACAUAACACAAUGUGUUCCAAAAGCUGUGCGCAACGCACCCGCCCCGAGCACAGCAAAACAGUUUGGAACUGAAGUUUUAGCCAGUGUAAAUAAAUAUACUCUGUAAGCCGUAAAAACGAGUGCCGGACAUUUACGAUCCAGUGUCACCCACUAGAUCACAUGAAAGAGUUGUAACUUUAAAUAUGGCAAAGGAAUUGUUUAUUAUGUUUGUGUACGACACACAGAAGUGUCAGAAGGAGGAGGAUGAUCCACAAGAAGCUGUUGUUUAUUUUCAUCCUGCCUGGGUAACUGAGCAGCAGAAAAUGGUAUUGUGUGGGCAGCUUAUGGGGGCAACACAGUUCUUCAGGUCGUCUUUUAGCUGUCCCAAUAUCUUGUGUCUGAACAGUGGGAAAUUCCUCGUAUGGCAGUGUGGAAGAUUUAUCCUUACAGUGGGCACGGACCAGAACAUUGAUGAAUGGAUACUUAAAUACAGAUCUAAAGUACUACUUGAUCUUCUUCGAUUUUAUCAUAAUGAUUUUGAGACCAUACAUUCAUCUGCUGGCCCAGAUGGAAGCAAAUUUGCAGAGAAAUUGCAGCAGAUUUUUGAAAUAUAUGUGCCUAUAGUGCAGCAUUCUGGCAAUAUUUUUGCAAACAUGCCAUCCGUUCGUCUGCCAAAGAGUGCCAGCAGUAUUUUCUUAGAAGCAAUACAAAUCCUUCAUUCUUGUCAAGAGAAGAAAGGUGUGUUGAGUGGAACAAUUCUACAUCAGAAUAGGAUUGUUGCAACACAGCUGAGCCCAGAUCUCACAAGAACAAUUAUCUACACUGAUCCAUAUAGAAUUAGAUCACCAGCUGAACACCUUGAAACACAUUUCCACCUCCCAAUAGGUGUGCAGCUGUUAAAAGUGUAUGUCGAUGGAAAUGAAUAUAGUAAAAUGUUAACAAAUUUGAAUACUAUUGGAACAUCUGUCAAGAAUAUUUCUAUACAAAAAUUACAGCAACCAAAGGUCUCCAGUGGAAAACCACAGACAACAAAGGAACAGUUGUCGUCUAUGAAGAGAGAUACUUCAAGAAUAUUUACAGUGCCAGAAGAAAAAGAAGAUGGAGAACAUGUUGAAACUAGUACUAGUUUCAAUGGCUUAAAUGGAGAAAAUGCAUCACUAAACAAUGACAUGCCUGACAAACCUUCAUAUAGUAUUGCUGCAACACCAUUAAAAGAACUGAAUGUUGGUAAGGUGUUGCAUGCAAAGGUCAUGUCAAUUUGUCGUGGUUCAAAUAAUACAGUGAAUGAUGAGGAGUCCAAAUGUGAAAAAGUUCCUUCUUUCCUUAAGAGAAACAAUGAGAUGAUACUUAAACAAAAGACCCUUAAAAAUUCCAAGUCAAUCAACAAUUUUUUGUCAAAUUACUGUGAAACUGAAGGUCACAGCCUCAGUUUAAAUGAUAUUAAUAAAAACACAAAGAUCACAAGUAAAAGAGUUCCAUUAAGGUACUACAGUUUUGGUCUUCCACGAGUUACUCGGAAAUUGUGCCAUGAGGAAGACAUUUCUCCAGAAGAAAAAUUAUCUCCAGGGAAACAUUUUUUUAAUACAAUUACAGAUCCUCUGUUUCCUGUUUUUCGUUGGGAUGGUGUACCAAUAUCACAUUCCCUAUUUGAUGAAUAUGUUUCGCGCCAUUAUGAGCUUUUAGAUAUGGAGAGAACACAAGAAAAUACUGCUGCAAGUAAUAUGAAAUUUGUGUCCCAUGAGGAUGAAAUUAGUGUACCUGAUGUUACCCAUUCUUCAAAUGUAACAACUGAAAACCACGCCAACUCUAGCAGUUUGCAGUCUGGUCCAACUGGUCAAAUUGCAAGUGCGUCAGAUAAUGGUGCUUCUUUGUCCAAACAGGAAAUGUACAGACGUUCUCUUAGCUUACCUUUAAAAACAAUUAACAUGAGUGAAGAUUGUGGAGACAGUGAUCGACAGAGAUCUGUUUCAUGCUGUGAAGGUGAAGUUGACUCUCCAGUGCUACCAAAAUAUACUGGUCCAUUGCAACUCACCCCUCUUCUGUCCAAAUUGAGUUUGUUAGCUCAUGAUGAAAAGUCAGGUGGCAUCAGUGAAAAAGAUAAAAGCUUUAAUGAACUUUCAGAUUUAAAAUUUUCAAAAAUUCAUGAAGAAUCCAUUUUUCCUGCCAAAACAGAGAAUAUAAAGUGCACAGAGAAAUCCGGUAACACCAUAAAAAUGGAGGAGGAAGUCCACCAAUCACCAUUACCAAAAGAAGCCUGUUUAUAUGUAUACAGGCAGCAGCAUAUGACCAUGGCACUUGUGUUGGAACUUUCUGCAGCUCAGGAUCCUGAGAUUAUUCAUUCACUGUGGCAAACCAGUGUCAAUGGCUUAAACCAUCUGGAGGCUCGUCUGAAACACUGUCUGGAAUACUUUCCUCACACGGAAGUUUCAGAACAGUAUAGUUUCCUCUGUUUGGACCCUAACUGGGAUGUGCUGCAUAGAGGAGGGCCAUGGGGACCAUCAGAACUUGAUACAGUGAGCUGCCUACAUGAAAGCUUUAUUCAUUCACCAAAUCUUACUGAAAUUGUUGUAAGGUGUGAAGAUAGGACAGUUUAUGGUUAUCAGUGUGGAAAUACAGAAGUAUUCUACCAACAGAGUACUGGUGAUACAGCUGGUUUACCUACACCAUCUGACCUAAUGGGAACUGUUUCAUUGAAAGCUAGACGCAGAUUGGAACGUGAUCAUGGAAUAGUGCUACUGUAAUGCUUUAUUGUUGUGCAAUUAUGUAGAAGUUUAACUUCUCAUGCCUGUCCAGAAAUGUGAUAUAAUUGUAAAGGCUUUAUGGAAAGAUUUUCUAUUUAUGCCUAAGUUUUAUUUGCAUUUAUAAAAUGUAAAUAUUUUAUUUAUAUGACAUAUUUGCUGCAGAUUGUAGAAAGAAAAGCAGUCUGUUCAGUCAAUGUGAUGUUUUAUUGUGUCUUUGCAAAAUUUUAAAACAUUUGCUUCAUAAAGAGAUUUUAAAAUAAAAUCAUUCCAUUAGUCUUUAAUUUGUUAAAAUGUGUAACAAUAUACUUAAUAAUGAAGCAAUUGUUUUGAAAAAUAGUGUGAAUGGAAGGAAGUAACAUGGUGAAUUUAGUUUUUAUUCUCAAGUUUGAUUAACAUUAAAGCAAUUUCAAUCAAAUUCUCUUUGUAGUAUUGGGUGCCACACAAUGCCACUGUCAUAAGAGAUUAGUAUUUAUACUCCGUAAUGUGAUUAUGUUAUUACAUAUUGUUUUGUUAAUCAUAUUUAAUUUUUAUAAUUAUUAGCAUAUUUUAACAGCUUAACUCAAAUUAUUUGAAGCACACACUUACUAGUCAGUGUCCUUAAAUGUAAUGAAUGAAAACUUUAUGCUAACAGACUUUUGUAAUUAGCUUACAGUACAAAUAUUUUAGUUUUAAGCCAUCAUUUUGCUUGAUGUCCCAACUGUUUGUAUAUGAUACGUGUGUUUUUAACCAUUAACAAGUGAGGAGACAGAGAUAAAAAACAUGCUGGCCCAUUGUACUGUGCUUGACAGACCUUCCAGGUGGAAAACAAAUUUGAAUUAUAGGAAAAAGGAAUACAGUUAUUAUAGAAGUUGCUGUAGGUAUUUACAUUCCAGGUAAUGUGUAUAUUAUAAACAACCAUGUUUAGCAAUUGUGUGUAUUGACCGAACCCUAUAGUGAAUGAAGAAUGGGUUGAUAAAAUGUUAAAUAAUAAUGAGGAUUCAAAGGGCUCUCCCCGAUUGCAAGGGGUAGAGGAGAAUUUAACAGAAUAAAAUGCAUCUGAUCAAAGCAUUAUCUGCAGUGGAUACACACUAGAGUGGUGUUUAAGGUAUUAGCCCCUACUUUUAACUGAAAGAUGGCACUUCUGCUCACAUUAGCCAUCUGUGACGGGAUUUAUCAGUAUUGUUCAUGAGCCAGGAAGAAAACAAAUAAAAAGCCACAAAUAACCUAAAA